CAUGGCUUCCUCUGGCAAAGCCCAAGACCACAAUCCCAAGUCCUUCUCCAAUCAGAGAACCUCCUCCCUCCCUGCUCACUCCACCAAGCGCUCCCUAUGCUUCGUCACGACCUUCAUCACCCUCCUCCUCCUCCUCCUCCAGAUCGAAACGCUCAGAUCAUCCUUCUCCUCCUCUUCUCUGUCGUGGGCUUUAUUCCCGAAAGCACUGCACGGGAACGAGCCGCCGUGCCAUGCAAUGGAGGAGCUCAACCUCGCCCGCUCCAGACUCCGUGAGUUGGUCACCUUCCUCCCACUCAAGGAUGUAAGGUUCUCCAAGUAGCCGAUGUCAGGCCACACUUGGUUCAUGAGCUCCAUUAACGAUACCUUCGAGGACGACGACACCCAGAACCUUUACUUCCCAUCCGAGACGUCAAACGGGAGGCUGUUAUGCCUCUCAGCCCGCGACGUCUCUGAUGGAGCCAGGAACUCGUAUGCUUUAGCUUGGCCGGAGGCGCUUCCACGCAAUGCCACACUCCUUGCCGGCCUAACCUUCGUUUCUGAUACCUACUACGAUUACAGCAACCUGUGGCACGGGGUCUCAGCUAUGGUGCCGUUCGUGUCAUGGCACCAGAGGAAGCAAUGCGUGGUUCCUGAUCGCUUGGUGCUGUUCCAUUGGGGCGAGCUCAGGACUCGACUGGGCAGAUGGGUGCAGACCCUGGCGGAGGCUGCGAUCGGGGAGGUUAGGAUCGAGGACUUCAAAGAGUACGGCGGCGGACCAACCUGCUUCGAGAAGGCGGUGGUGUUCAGGCACAACGAAGGGGCGAUGAAGAAGAAGAGGAGGCGCGAUGUGUACGACAUGAUGAGGUGCAAGGCAAGAGCUUACUGUGGCAUUGCCGCAGAGGCCGCAGAUCCGGAGGCCAAUCGCAUGACGCUGCUUCUUCGACUGGGACCGAGAUCGUUCAAGAACGAAUCCGAGGUCAUUCGGAUCUUUCGGGAGGAGUGUGAGAAGGGGGGCGGGUGCAGAAUUAAGGUUGCAUGGGCCAACAACAUGACGUUCUGUGAGCAGGUGAAGCUAAUGAGCGAGACAGAUGUGUUGGUCUCUCCCCACGGAGCUCAGCUGACAAAUUUAUUCCUCAUGGACAAGAACAGCAGCAUCAUGGAGUUCUAUCCCAAGGGCUGGAAGGAGCUCGCCGGCGUGGGGCAGUACGUCUACCAUUGGAUGGCCGACUGGGCCGGCAUGCAGCACAAGGGCUCGUGGCGGGAUCCUCAAGGCGAGAAGUGCCAGCACACCGAUAACCUCCGGUGCUUCGAGUUCUACAAAGACAAACAGAUCGGGCACGACGAGGCACACUUCGCCGCCUGGGCUGCUAAAGUUCUCACCGAGGCGAAGGAACACAAGUUGGGGGAGGCAUCCAAGACGAGCAGCCAGCCAGAUCUUGGAUCAGGUCGCUGUCCCUGUAGUUGACCCCCCUGGCUGUGAUGAUAACGACAGAGCAUCACGAGAUGUCGACGGCCAAUGCCAAUGUCGACAUGAACGCAGGAUGGAACGCACUGCAUUCUCUUGCAGUUUCCCUUCAACUUCUAGGUGCCUCAUGAUGACCUUGUUCCUUGUGUUCGAAGCUUAUCACAGCCAAAGAGUUCACAAGGAGCUCAUGGUUGAAGAACCAGAGCUUCUUCAGAAGGAUGGCUACCGCAAACAAAAGCGGUGUAAUGGCUUAUGUUUAGGAAUUCCCUCGAAAGCAAAAUAAGAAUGCACGAAGCUUCUGCAUGCACAUGGGUCCAUGUGAUAUGAUGCAUCACCGGG